UUGAAAUCCAUCAUCCGUAAUGCAAGUCAGAUUCGAAAGAGCGGUUUGCUUUCUCUGAAUUUCAGAUAAUGAUUCUUGAUCUUUAGAACUUUUAGCUAAGUAACUCUCAUCACCUGCAAGCUGAUCAAGGAAUCUUAUUUCUCUGUCUGUUUUGUUCACCUGCAAUUUUACAGAUUUUUUGUAUAAAUUGCUUGUGAUAAAGGAUUUCUUUCUGCGUCUGAUUGUGGCAACGCACCAUCCACCUAUGUAUCUUGUUUUUGCUCUGCUUCCUUUUGACUGUUGAACCUUCUUAACUUUAACUUUUGCUGUUUCUCUUGCUGUAAUAUAUACUGGUUCAGAGGCCUUUUGGACAACAAUGGAUCGCAGCUUUUGUAAUAUGCCAAAACAUACACGAUAAUGUGCUUUUGAUGGUAUCGCACAGUGAAAUAAUUUUUUCACUUCAUUUUGGUAAGAAUUGUGGCCACUGAAUAAUGUCACUUUCUUAAAAAAGGCUGUAGUGUGUUUGUUCUCAAUUUUUCCAUCCUUUGGAAUAGUAUCUUUGAAAUAGGACUGUAAUUGGUCAUAAAUGUUAUCGCAAAAAUGUUUUAGUUCUGCAUUACGACUCCGUAGAUCUGAUAAACAGGUGUUUAUAUUCCUUUGUUCAUCUGUAAUUGGCUCUGUGUAUUGAAUUCCAUCCAUGAUACAAUCCAUGUUGACACCAUCUGGUAUGGGAUUUUGGCAAACAUGAGCCUCUAAUUCUCUCUCCUCCAAACCCUGCCAUUCUUCAUCCCAGUUGCUGAAGAGAUUGUCCAUUAGAUUAACAUCUUCUACUUCUUUUCUCAAAGUUUGAUCCUCAUCAUCCUCGGAUUCCUCAUCUUCAGUAUUUGUGUCUGCUGAGAAAGGUUCUAUAGUCACUUUUUCCAGGAGUGGUGACAUUUUGCAGCAUAAAAGGAUUUUGGAAAACAUAGAAGAAGAUACCAUUGGGAAAAUAUUUUCUGAUGAUAUAUCCAAGAAAUCUGGCAUUCCGAAGUCUGACACGCUUGUUGGUAAACUGUUGUUGAAGGUUUUUAAACACAUAAAAAUAUCUAAAGUCUACAGGAAUGGCCAUAGAGUUACCUGCUAUUCAGGUGUAUUCUGGAAUUGCAGACCUUCAAAUGAAACUAUCUUGUGGCAAGAUGUAACAGACUUACUACCGAAAUCUGUUAUGGUCCUUCACCAGGAUUUAGAAUUGAUAUCAAUUGGCUUAAAAAGCAACACAUACUGUAAUGGGAGCUUCAUUAUGAAAGAAGUUCAUUUUCUACGACAAGAAGAUGAUUCAAAUUCAUGUACUUGGCAACUGAAAGUGCGUGGACAGAAAGUUGAUUUAAAUGAACUGUUCAUUGACAAUAAAGUUCAAUCACUGAAUGAAAAAAGCCUAAAACAAAUUUUGAAGAUUGUUGAAUGUCUUGAAAUAUGUAGAGGAUUUAAAUACAACUAUUGCAUACCUUUUGAAAGCAAACAAAUCAUUCAGGAGAAAGUUAGUGUAAAUGAAUGUUCGAUGAGUUCAUCUGAGUUACAAUAUCGCUCAGAAAGAUGUCAGCAGGUAGUUUCUUUUAUCAGCCAGAGUAGUUACUUUUUUUGUAAAAAAUGUCAAAAACUGAAGUUAAAUAUUGAGGCAAAAACAGAAAAAGAAACCAAAAGAGUUGACAAUGACAAAGAAAAUGUGUGUUGCAAGCCUAAUAUCGUUAUCCAUUCCAAAGGAGAUGACCAUGCAUUAUCUUGUAUGAAAGAAUGUUCCGUCCCUAAAAACCUUUCAGAGAAACCGAUUUGUGAUAAAGAUGACAGUUUUGUUUCAGAAAGUGAUCAUGCCGACUUAUCAAAUAUAUUGGAAUCAAUUUUUCCAAAUGCAUCCGACAAAAUGAAACUAUUCUUAAAAUCACAACAUGAAAUAUUGUGUUCAAAAUCACCACAGGCUAGACGUUUGAACAAAGAUGUUGUGAGUUUAUGUCUUUCUCUUUGGAUAAGGAGUCCUAAAGCAUACCAGACUCUGUUAGAAAGCAAUGUCUUAGUGUUGCCAUCUGGAUGGCAACUCAGACGAUACAAGAACUGCAUCCCACAAGAACCAGGAAUCUGUGACACCACCCUAAGGUGGAUGUAUGAAUCUGCAAAGGGACUUAAACUACCUCCAAAUGGAUGGGUAGGUGGAUUGCAUCAUGAUGAAACCAAAGUACAGCAAGAUUUGGUGGUGGAAAUGAAAGGUGGUACACCUAUUAUAACUGGUUGGAUUGAUUUAGGUGAGGAGGCUCAAAACCUGAGAGUAAUGAAAUAUCAAACAGUGACUCGGCAACUGGCAAGUGAAGUCAUACAAAUUACAUUUGUAGGCUUCACAGGAUUCCGGUUCCCUAUAUGCCAUUUCCCAACCGGAGGAAUUAAAGCCUCGGAACUGAGCAUCAUAAUAUGGAAUGUUAUUGAAAAGCUUAGUGACUGGGGAUUUCAGAUAGAUUAUAUUAUGCAAGAUGGCGGCGAAGAGAACAGGAGUUUUAUGAACCUCCACUUCAAUGGAAACCCAAGAGACACUCACUAUGGAAGCCCAAAUUUAGUUUAUCCACUGACAACAAUAUUCCAUACUCAAGAUUUUUCUCACAACAUUAAAAAACUAAGAAACAGUAUUCUCAAAAGUGGAGAUAUUAAAGGGGUACACACAAGAAAGUUAACACUCCAUGGAAAUUUCAUUGUAUGGAAGCAGUGGGAAAUGGCUGUGGAAUGGGAUAGAACAGUAAAUGCACGGAGGAUACAUCAUAAGGUAACAGAUUCUCACUUACACCCAAACCUUGCUGAAAAGAUGCGCAAUGAGUUGGCAGAGACCAUGCUUGACUCUGAAAUGCUCAACCUUAUGAAAUCCUACCAAAACAGUCUAUCAAAUGCUUCUGUUCUUGAUGGGGCCAUUGAACUUCUAGAAAACACAAGUUCUUUAAUAAAAAUAUUCAGGGAUAAAGAACUAGUGACGUCAAUCUCAGACCAGCGCCUUAGUCGUCUGAAAGAAAUUCUUCAGUGGUGGCAAGGUUGGCAAAAAGAAGUCAUGGACUUAAAAAAUGAAUCUAAGCAUAAAAUGCUACCAUCAAAACAGUGUGUGGAGGACAUAGAGAACAUGUUGCUCAGUUUCCCUGCUAUUUGUCAGCAGCACCUAGAGAUGAUCCCAGGGGCCAGCAUUAAACCAUCUAGGUUUAACAAUGACAUUGCAGAAAAUAUAUUUUGUCAAGAGAAAGGAAUGUUUAAUGGUAGCAACAGUAAUCCAACUUAUGCAAAUUAUUGUAAAACUGUUAAUUCUGUAGUACUAGGGCAGUCUUUAAAGUCAAGGGCCAGGAAAUCAAAUGCUGGAUUAGAAUCUGCAAAAUGUUUUUCCAUAUCAACAAACCAACCAGUGCUGAAAAAAUGUAGAAAGUCACCCAAACAGAAGAAGAAAAUGGCAUCCAAAUUGAACAAGCAGCCAAUAAAAUUGCCCCGACUUUAAAAAUCCAUAAGAUUUAUAUACAGUGGACAUGUUUUGACAUUAAAAUCAAUGUUUUAGCUUUACUUCACAUUUGCAUUAUAUUUACCUUCCAGGUCCAUCAAACUGUCUGAAUUAAAUUUAUCAACAUCAAAAUUCCUGGCAAAUAACUUUGUUGGUGGAUUUCCAGGUGGCAGGUGUCUCUUCAUUCGUUUUAGGAAGUUAUCAGUAUCAUCUUUGAUACCACCUCUGCUUAGUUGAUGAACAGCUUUGACUAAAGUAUCUAUUUAAUAAAGUAAAUUUUUGUAAACGAUUUCAAUUUAUAAUGACAUAAAAAAUAGUAAUGAUAAAUCUAAAGGACCAUAGGAAGCACUGUCAGUUUUUCUGUGUGUGUGGGGGGGGGGGGGUGUUACAACAAAACAUUUUUAGUUUUUGGGCACUACCAACCACUUUGACAAGUGGGGGAAAAAUAAGAUAGUCAGACAUUUUGAUUGGGCAUGAGCAUAAGUAACUUUGUUUUCUAUAGUAUACAGUAUAUCUGCUAAAUUAUUAUGGCCAUGAUAUAUUAUUAUGAACAUUUGCAAAUGAAAAGGGUAAAGGAAUCUUCUUAAUGGAAUAAUGGAAUGAAUCUUAAAUAUACAAUGCUCCCAAAGGAGGAUCAAGAAAUUAGCAGUUCAAGCCCCCAUUAUUUUUAAAUAUAUAAGUUUGGUUAUUUUACACCUUGUUAUUUCAAGUAUUCGAAUCUGAUUUAAUCCCUGAAUUCAUAUACAAGUAUCCCAAAUUGAAGGGGGGGGGGGGCUGGUAUGUUCUUUCAAGUCAAUUACUUAUCAUUAUAGUUGGAAGAGAAAUACUGAUGUUGAAGAUGGUCUAAUUAAACCAUUUAUAAAACUUAUUAUAAUUUCCCCUAAUGUGAUGAAAAAACAAAACAUGACUUGCCUUCGGUUUGUCUAUGUACUUUCUGCAGUACAAAUCUAUGGAACUGCUUAAUUGCAGGGAAUAUGUAUUCACCAUUGUCACCGUAUGAAUUUGGUACUGGUUUAAGUUGAUAAAAGUCACCGGAUAAAAUAACCUGCAUACCUCCAAAAGGUAUAUCAUUGUUUCUCACUGCCCUACAUAGUGCAUCAAUGUUUGUGAAAUUUUUUAGUGACAACAUUGACACUUCAUCAAUAAAAAGAACUUCAGUGUCAAUAAUUUUUGCCUUGACUUCAUUAUAGUUGUCAUCAUCACAAACUUUCUGGAUAAGUUGAGUGACAUGGUAUCUACCAUCCUGUAGUCCAAAAAAACUAUGAACAGUAGAAGCCUCGGGUAAUACACUACUUGCAAUGCCUGUGGUUGCAGUUAUUUUUACUUUUUUCCCAUCAUUCUUAAGUUUAUAGUACAGUUUCUUAAUUAUGAACGAUUUUCCUGUCCCUGCUUGACCCGAUAUUAUAAUAUUGUGGCCAUUUUCCACAGCAUGUUCAAUCUCACCUGUCAAAUCCAUCGUUUUACACCUUAAUUUCCCGGGAAAAGUCACAUUUGUUUAUGUUUAUUACAUUGACCAAUCAGAACUUACCUUUCAAUUCAGUGCGAUUAAACCGGAAGUAAGACAGUCUAGCGAAAUUCUUAGGCACUUGGAGGUGUAAAAACAUCUUUUUCUUCGAAAGAACGGCAUUGGAGCGGAACGAAACCGUGCAGAUAUUGAAAGUAAGGUAUAUGUGAACGAUUCAUCGCAUCAGGUCGUUUGAGAAGCGCCCACAAUAACCCAAACCCGAAUUUGCCUCAAAAAGAGUGUCCUACCCUUCCUUUUUGGGAGUUGAACUAUGUUCAAUCUCCCUGGGUCAUCACGCACUUUUCUGCGCAGUAAUUUGUAUUGAUUUGUAUAGUGGUCGUCAGCGGGGGUUCUGUGUCAGCUGAUUUACUCCUAGGUAAAUCAACAUAAACUUUUAUAAACAUCCGCCAUUAAAUAAUCCAUGUAACUUUUCUGAAUUAAUCUAAUUUUGAUAAUUGACAUGUAAAUAAAUGCAAUGAUAUUGUAUUCAAAUCAAUUUGAAUACAAGAUUUCGAUCAAAUUGAUACUGAUAGACAUAGAAAAAUAAAAGAUAAGGUUGAAAAUUGUCGUUUGUAGCGCAGCGUCACCUAUAAACAUUGACAGGGAAACGAACGACAACUGCACACAAGCCCUAUUGACACCGUGGCGCGAAAUAUCGAAUAUGGUGCGAAACCUCAGAAAAUUUACAAGAAAUAACUCUACAACAUUGUGUAUUUGUAUAUAUUUGGGUUUUUUUAAUGUGAUAUAAAAAUUGCUUGAUGUUACAUGUAGAUUGAAUUAAAACACGUCAUUCCCCGUCAACAACUUUCGAUUGGGAUCGGAAUACGAAAUAAAAUUUCUUAUAUCCGGUGGCAAAGUGAAACUGCUUCAUGCUUCAAGUUAUUGAAUUACGUAGUAAUUGCACGUUACACAUUAGAGAACUGUUCCUUUUAAUAAAGAAAGUCACAAAAUAGAUACAAAAUGAGUGUACCUUAUUCAUUACUGUUACCGAGCUUUCGUCGACUAUAAUCUCGAAAUGGCGUGUUUCGCUGCGCUUGAUGACGGUAAGGUCCACAUUUUCUACGUGAGUAGUGUGAUAUUUGUUUAUGAAUUUUUUGCGCAUACAUGGUAUGUCUCGGCUAGGAAUAAUGGAAACUUUCUCACCUAUGUAUGUAAAGACAUAUUAAUCUCUAUUUUUAAAAAUGUAGAACACUUUUAUCAAAUGACAAUGUUUGAAAACGCUUAGAGCCCCGAUGUCAGAAUUUCCUUUUCCAAGACAUCCAUAUGUCAAAUUCAUUAUCCUUUUUUAAUAGUAUGUACCAUAUUUUGUACCAGUUAUCCAUUUUGAAUCCCCUAUUACAAUGGGAUUUUGCUGCACUCUGUAAUGUUUGAGUGGAUGUCAUGAGUGUGUGUCAAACAGAAAAUUUAAGAGCAUGGGAUAAGGUGCUGCCAUGUAUUACUUCACUAUCAAAGUUUAACCCAGUUGCCACAAUGUUGAAUUUAUGCUGCAAAAAGGAUUGGAAAUUGCUCUGGUCAAAACACAUUGUUUAUUUGUCUACAGAUGAAAGAGACAUGAGGAUUCUCCCUCACAAACUGGAAAAAAAAAUAGU